AUGGGCGGCGGCGGUGGCGGCCCCCCGCGCCGCGGCGCGCCGCGGAAGCUGCUGGCGGUGCUGGCGGUGCUCGCGGCCACGGUGGCGGAGGCGCGGGGCACCGCGGGGAGUCAAGCGCCCGGCGCGGCGGCGAUGGGUACCGGCACCCCGCCGAGCCCCAGCGGCACCGCCUUCGAGGAGACUCGGCUGCACGUCUUCACCUUGGACUACCCCCACGUGCAGAUCCCCUUCGAGAUCACCCUCUGGAUCCUGCUCGCCUCCCUCGCCAAGAUCGGCUUCCAUCUCUAUCACAAGUUGCCCUCAAUAGUACCUGAAAGCUGUCUCCUUAUUCUGGUUGGAUUGCUUCUUGGAGGGAUUAUUUUUGGAGCAGAGGAGAAGUCCCCACCUGUAAUGAACAGUGAUGUGUUUUUCUUAUAUCUCCUACCACCAAUUGUACUCGAUGCUGGAUAUUUCAUGCCAACUCGUCUUUUCUUUGAGAACUUUGGUACUAUAUUCUGGUAUGCCGUGGUGGGCACUCUUUGGAAUGCCAUUGGCAUUGGAAUUUCACUUUUUGGAAUUUGCCAAAUCAGUGCAUUUGGUUUGACUGAUAUCACCUUGCUGCAGAAUUUGCUCUUUGGCAGCCUUAUUUCAGCUGUGGAUCCUGUGGCAGUACUGGCUGUGUUUGAAAAUAUCCAUGUCAAUGAGCAGCUCUACAUCCUGGUGUUUGGAGAAUCGUUGCUGAAUGAUGCUAUAACUGUGGUCCUGUACAAUUUGUUCAAGUCUUUCUGCCAGAUGCGCACAAUUCAGGUUAUUGACAUAUUCGCUGGGAUUGCUAACUUCUUUAUAGUGGGGAUCGGUGGAGUAUUGAUUGGAAUCCUUUUGGGAUUUGUAGCAGCCUUUACCACCCGUUUCACCCAUAAAAUCCGAGUGAUUGAGCCACUUUUUGUCUUCCUGUACAGUUACUUGUCAUACAUAACAGCUGAAAUGUUUCAUCUCUCGGGCAUCAUGGCGAUUACAGCUUGUGCCAUGACCAUGAAUAAAUAUGUGGAGGAAAAUGUUUCCCAAAAAUCCUAUACAACAAUAAAAUAUUUCAUGAAGAUGUUGAGCAGUGUCAGUGAGACCCUGAUCUUCAUUUUCAUGGGAGUGUCUACAGUUGGAAAGAACCAUGAGUGGAACUGGGCCUUCGUUAGCUUCACUCUCCUGUUCUGUUUAAUAUGGAGGGCACUGGGUGUUUUUGUUCUGACUCAGAUCAUUAACGUGUUCCGGACAAUACCUCUCACUUUUAAGGACCAAUUUAUUAUUGCCUAUGGAGGCCUUCGAGGAGCUAUUUGCUUUUCACUUGUAUUUCUGCUUCCUCCUUCUGUGUUCCCCAGGAAGAAAUUGUUCAUCACUGCUGUUAUCGUGGUGAUAUUUUUUACCGUUUUUAUUCAGGGAAUAACAAUUCGUCCGUUGGUGGAGUUUCUUGAUGUCAAAAGGUCAAAUAAAAAGCAGCCUGCUGUCAGCGAAGAAAUUUACAACAGGUUCUUUGAUCACGUGAAGACAGGAAUUGAAGAUGUGUGUGGACAUUGGGGUCACAACUUCUGGAGAGAUAAGUUUAAAAAGUUUGACAAUAAAUACCUGCGAAGACUUCUCAUCCGGGAGAACCAGCCCAAAUCCAGCAUUGUUUCUUUGUACAAGAAGCUGGAAAUAAAGCAUGCCAUCGAGAUGGCAGAGAGUGGCAUGAUAAGCAAGGUGCCUUCAUCAGUGUCUCUCAGUGAAUAUCAUGAAGGGAAAAUAAAGCCACUCUCCCCCACUGAGAUGGAAAACAUGCGGGAAAUACUAACAAAGAAUCUCUACCAAAUACGUCAUCGAACCAUGUCAUAUAACCGACAUAGCCUGGCUGCAGAUGCAAAUGAGAAGCAGGCCAAAGAAAUUCUGAUCCGUCGCCGACACAGCCUUAGGGAGAGCCUGCGGAAAACUAACAGCCUGUCAAGAGAAAGACCGGCUGCUGCAAAUACAAAAAGAUUUCUUUCACUUCCUAAAAACACUAAGCUCCCAGAGAAACUACGUGUGAGAAACAAAACAUCUUCCAGAGUGGGUGACAGCAGUGACUCUGAAAUGGAUGCCACUACUACAGUGCUCAAUUUAAGACCCAGAGCAGGAAAAAUCUUGAGAGAGCAGAGACUGAGACAGCAGCGGCCACCCUCUGAGUUUAGCAUGGAGUGGAAGAAUGAAGUUGAUGGAAGCCAGAAUGGACAAGGAGAGCAGCAGGAGCCAGGCAGCCUGCCUCAGCCAUCCAUUGGGUUCAGGCAGCCGCUGCUGACAAGACCAAGAUUUGGCACUUUGAGCAGGGAAGAUUUGACUGCAGACCAUGGGUUGGCAAGACCUGUGCCACCACCACGAUUAGUUAGGCAGGCAUCACAAGGGGAAAGGCAGAGAAGUAAGCCUGAGAACCAGCCAUACUGAACAUAGCAAAGAUUGAACUGUUGAUAUCAAACCAUGGAUGUACCAAAUUCAGAUUCUAAACUAUCUGAUCAGACGACGGGAUCCAUUAAAGAGAAGACAAACUUCAAUGUGGAUCUAAGCAUUUCCAUUUGGGUAAAGCCAAUGCCAUUAACUAAGUGAAGGGAAUACUGCAGCAAUUGCAAAACUGAAGACAUAAAAAUAUCUAUUUUAUAGAUAACUUAUGGCAAUGCUUUGAUUACAUUAUUUCCACUAUUAAAUAGGAUGGAAAUGUGCCUUAUCACAUCAUCUCAUGGAACCAAAUCAUGCAGGCUCAAUACCCAGCUAUCCAGUGAAAAUCGCUGUUGAAAGUCCAGUGAUGAAGGGAUUCUUUGCAGAAAUCUGUGUCAUUUCAGAUUUUAUUUAUGAUCAAAUGAUAUUUGUUUUGACCAGAGCAUUAAUAUGAGUAACACUGAAAAUUGCACAAUGCACCUAUCAUAUAGACUUUGUAAGAAGCAUAAAUAUAUUCCUGAAGCCCAAUUUGUUUGAAGAGCCAUGAUGUGGAACAGAGGAAGAAGAGAAGGAACAAGCUAUAGGAGGAGAAUUGCAUGUGCAGUUCAUAGAAGUUGCAACAAAGACAAGACCUGAAUAGCUUGAACUUUUAGUUUCUGAAUUUUUGCCAAUAUGUAGCUUUUAAAACGGUACUGAAAAUCACCAAGGGAAAUCUAAAUGACUUUGAUUGUCACUAAUGUCAGUAAGAGCUGAGGGUACCUAAAGGUAUACCAGAAGCCCUAAAAUAGGAAACUUCAGGUAGAUGACUAGUUCUCCUGUUCAAGAUUGCUUUUUGCACCUUAGCAUCUUUGCAGUGCAAACAUGGCAGUAGAAUAGUUGUGGAGCUCUGCACAUAGAAAACUGAGCGGUGUCCUGUUUGAGUCAGGGACCACUGAGACUCAAGAAAGCUCCUUCCCUCGUGCUUGUGAUCCUAUUUUCUUUUUAUUUCUUCAUCUAUGAAAGGGGAAGGAUAUCCUUUCUUUCUCUCCCACUGAUUUGUUUGUACAGAAAAGUAGCACUCCAGGGGCUCUGGAAUCAGUUGCAGUCACUGUGCACCUUAAUAGCGCUCAUAAGAAACGCAGACUUUCUUCAUCCCAGCAUAAAUAGCAGUCACUUAAGAACACAUGGGUAGGAAGGAUGCAUUAAAAUAAAUGAUACUUAAUAGGUCUCAGGAAUUUGCACUUUCUGUCCUACUUUAUCCUAAGUUUUGAGCUUGCUUCAGCACAGAUACACAUUUCAGCACAAUGCAAAAAUCAUUUUAAUUCUUCUUGUUACAAGAUUCGUAACUUUCAUUUGAGAAUGUACACUGUGAAAUCAUAAUUUUUCAUUAGCACAUUUCUAAAUCUGUGGGCAAUAAGAUUCACUUUUUUAUUUAAGCUUCUUUUGAGAGGACUAUUAAAAAUCAGAAUUUGCUUUUAAAAUCACAAGGUAGAUUUCUUUGAAAAAAUUUGUGGGCAGGGAUGGUAAAUGAGCUUAAAAAGGGAUGAUGACUUAACAGCUAUUCCAAGAUAUUCAUUUCAUGUACGUAUUUGAAAUGCCAAACUUGCCUUUUAUUGGCUCAUGUCUUUUAAUUGUUUUACUGUGUUCCAAGUAUGUAAUUUCUGCCAAAUGCAAACUUUAAGCUGUGGAGAGAUGGCUAGGUCAACCCUAGGAAUCUUGGUCAGAUAUUCAUGGCUGUUCUCAAAAAAAUUUUGUGGAAAGCGUUACUUAUCUACCCUUUAAUGGUCACCUCCUGUUUGGGAAUAAAACUGGGCUCAAACAAGCUAAUAAGCUUUAAAA